AUGCCUCCAAUCUCCUUCAAACCCUCUAAACUCACCCAGCCUCAACCGCCAACAAAACACACCCUCAUUUCCUACCCCUCCCCCGGCGUCCUGCUUGUAACAAUUAAUCGCCCAAAAGAACUCAAUUGCCUGCACACAGCCGCCAACCAUGAACUCGAAGCGAUCUGGUCCUGGCUCGAUGUCGAACCAAGCUUAUCUGUCGGAAUCCUCACGGGAACGGGGCGGGCAUUUUGCGCUGGUGCGGAUUUAAAGGAAUGGAACGCAGCCAACAAAUCCUCCACACCGCGAACCAUGCCUCCCUCCGGGUUCGGCGCCCUCUCCCGCCGCUCCGGCAAGAAACCCAUCCUCGCCGCCGUCAACGGAAUCUGCUACGGCGGCGGGUGCGAAAUGAUCAUCAACGCAGACAUGGUGAUCGCUUCUUCCCGUGCGACCUUUGCCUUGCCAGAAGUCAAAAUCGGAGUCGUCGCUGCCGCUGGAGCUCUGCCACGUUUGAUCCGUACGGUGGGCAAGCCGAGGGCGAUGGAGAUGGCUCUUACGGGUAGGCCGGUGAGCGCGAGGGAAGCGGAGAGGUGGGGUUUGGUUAAUUGUGUUGUUGAGGACGGGGAGGAGAAAGGGAGUAGGCAGGGAGAGGGAGUGGUGGCGAAGGCGGUGGAGUUGGCGGGUUUGAUUGCGGGGAAUAGUCCGGAUGCGGUGAGGGUUAGUCGAGAGGGCGUCAUGUUGGGGUGGGAGGGGAUAGGGGUCGAGGAAGGGACGGAGAGGGUGUUGGAGCAGUGGAUGCCCAAGUUGAGUAAAGGAGAGAAUCUGAAGGAGGGAGUGAGGGCGUUUGUGGAGAAGAGGAAGCCGAAGUGGGUGGCUUCGAAGUUGUAG